UGCAAUGGAAAACCUUUGUUUGAAUUAAUGGAUUGAAAACUAUUUCAAAGUUAGCUGUUGAACAGUGUGAACCAGAGAGAUGGCAACAGAAAUUGCAGAAUCAAAACCCUUCAAGACUUUGAAAGAAUUAUAUGAAAAUGUGGACAACUUAAAACCAUGGCCACCCAUUAAACAUUUAAGGGAGACAACAAAUUAUGUGUAUCGUGGUUCAGAAGUAAAUACCCAAAAAAUAUACUUGGAAAAAAUUAAUAGACAAGAACAACCAAAAACAUUAUUUUGUCAUGAUAUGAAAGGUGGUUAUCUUGAGGAUAGAUAUAUAGAUGGAUCAAAGUUACAUGAGUCUUAUCUAUUUUAUCAUUGGAGUGUUAUUGAUACCUUUGUGUAUUUCAGUCAUUAUUUUAUAACUGUACCACCUUUUGGAUGGAUUAACGCAGCACAUGAGCAUGGUGUUAAAGUUCUUGGUACUGUAAUCACUGAGAAAGAAGGCAUCUGGGAUUCUAUACUGAAAUCUCAGGAGGAAGUGAGAAUGUUUGCAAAUGCAUUAAUUCAUAUUGCAAAAUUUUAUAAAUUUGAUGGCUGGUUUAUAAAUAUUGAAAAUACAAUUAAAAAUGAUCAAAUUACUAAUUUAAUUUAUUUUCUAAAAUACCUAAGGGAACAUAUUCAUGAAGCAAUUAGAGAUUCUGAAAUUAUAUGGUAUGACAGUGUAACCAAUAAAGGAACAUUAAAGUGGCAAAAUGAGCUUAAUAAUGAGAAUGUAGAAUUCUUUUUAAAUUGUGAUGGUAUUUACUUGAAUUACAAUUGGACCAAAUCUAAAUUGGAAAACAGUUACACACUUGCUAAAAAUUGCAACAGAAGUGUACAAGAUAUUUAUGUGGGUGUAGAUGUUUGGGGAAGAGGUUGUCCUGGUGGUGGUGGAUUUAAUUCAACAUAUGCUCUAGAAAGGAUACGACAAGAAGAUCUUUCGGUAGCGAUAUUUGCACCGGCUUGGACCCAUGAGUUUUUUGGUGCUAAAAAAUUCCAAGAAUUAGAAGAUUUAUUUUGGGCACAACUUUUCCCUUAUUUAUAUGUUCAUGUUCCUGUAUAUAAAGGAGAAGUGUUCAAAACAUCAUUUUGUCGUGGAAGUGGUACCUUGUAUUAUCGAUGCGGCAAGAUACAAUUGGAUAUGCGUGUUAUAGAAGGCAGAAGUAUAUUUGAAGAGAAACCAUUUUAUAACUUAUCCAUACAGAAGCCUCAAAUUUCCGUACCUGUACCACAUUUAAAAUUUACACACAUUCCACAACCUGCUGCUCUAGGAAAUGUAAACAGUCGAAACGAGUGUACAAGCAACUCAACGCAAUACAUUUAUGAAACGAAAAAGAACAUUAUUCAAAUAUUAGGAAACGUUGUAAGCAUUCAUGAUAAACUGCCAAUGGUAGAUGUAAAUUAUUUUGAAUUUUACAAUCAAACUUCUUUCGAGGGCGGUGGAUGUUUAAAAAUAUUUACAAAUGACCUGAGAUAUUAUCAUAGAUUAUUCCUGGUUCAAAUUGAAUUUCAACAAGAUAUCGAAGCAACCAUUGUAUACGAAGCAAUUGAAACGUCCGCAAAUGAAACCAGUAAUGAACCAAUAUUAAUUCUAGGCAACGAUACUGGUUUAAAAUGUAUCAUACCUUAUAAGUCGGAAAGCCUGAAUUCGAGAUGGAAAAAAUGUGUUUAUCUAACGAACAUAAGGACCGUGAACGAGAUUGGUGUAAGCAACGUAACGGUUUCUAUUGUCGCGUAUCUAGGGGAGAUCAUUCUGGAACAAAAGCGGCGACACCAGAACGAUCGUUGGGAUUCAACGGACUGUGUCAACCGGAUCAGCGACUACAGCGUCUAUUGACCUUUAUCGAACCACGUGCACAGCAUAAUCACGAAGACUCGCUAUGAAUCAACUGAAAAAAAUCUACUUAAAAAUGUCGCUUCAAAUUUAACCUAACCUCAAACGUUCACAUUAAAAGACAUCUACAACACGCGCCUACUAAUCCAAACAUUUCAAUCAUCAACGUGAAUAAUAAUAAAGCAGAAAAAUUAAAAAAAAA